CGAAGAAGAUGACUUGUUUUUACAGCCGUUUCAAUCGUUGUGUUUCUCGUAUUUUCUAACUUUUACAAUCCCUCUUCUGGAAAGUGUUACAGAAUAUUGAAGUCCACCUAUGUUCUUACCACGAAGUUUGGCACAAAGCACGAUUAAUGCAAUUGGAGUAGCCUAAAUACUUACCCGUUGUCACCUUUCACAUUUAGUCUUUUGAAUGCAACUCUAUAACAAUUUUAACUUUGAUUCCAGGCAUUUUUAGACAUGUCACUUGUCGCAACAAUGUCUACCCAAGGACGCAGACUCUCCGAUUUCCCGUUCCAGAUGAUUUUGUCUUUUGGACAAUGCCGUAUAAUGAUUACAUGCCUCCCAUAUAUACAGCUUCGCACAUUAGAGGACAAUCCUGGGCAGAUCCUGAUAUAGGAGCGCCACUUUUUAAACCCCGAUGGAAUUUUCAAGAUCGUGAUGUUAAUCGGCUGUCCCAUAUGGGGAAAUACCAAAUUGACUCUUCUGGCUAUCCUUUGAAUCCUAUAGGACGCACUGGGCUGCGCGGUCGUGGUUUGUUGGGUCGGUGGGGACCCAAUCAUGCUGCUGAUCCCAUCGUCACACGGUGGAAACGCGACAAAAAUGGUUCUGUUAUCAAACAUAACGUCAGUGAAAAGAAUAUACUACAAAUGAUAACUAUACAAAGACAUGAUAACAGAAUGUGGGCUAUUCCUGGUGGUAUGGUUGAUCCAGGAGAGAAAAUAACUACAACACUCAAACGGGAGUUCAUGGAAGAGGCUUUAAACAGUUCAGGUGGAAAUCAAGCAAUGAUAGAAGAAUUUUUUGCUACCGGUUCGGAAGUGUAUAGGAGCUAUGUGGACGAUCCGCGCAACACCGAUAAUGCCUGGAUUGAGACAGUUGCCUGCAAUUUUCAUGACGAAAUGGGAACUAAAGUAGGUGCUCUCCAAUUAUCGGCCGGCGAUGAUGCAAUGAAUGUUAAAUGGUGCGACAUUGAUGGCAAUAUGCUCUUGCAUGCUAACCAUGCGACCAUCGUCGAACAUGUUGCUAAGCGCCUUAAAGCGCAUUGGUAAAUCCCAGGUCUGGAAAUUUCCUCUAAUCACCAUUUAUUAAGUUAAGGAUUGUUGUAUUAAUUUUGUUCGUUUUAUUUGUAAUAUUCAGAAAUACGUUUAAGAGAUUAGUUUCUUUCCAUCAGCGUUGGAAUUAAAAAAGUGGUCUCGAAAAUUAAAUCUUACCGAAUAUGGUGAUUAAAUUCCUAAAAUAAGAUUUAUGAUCUCUCAAUGAAAUUUUUUGUGAUAAUUUAGAUAUGGAACUUCUCGAGAGAAAAAAUUGUUGUAGUAGAUAUUUGUCUACAACUCACCUUAGGUUAGUUCAACUUCGUAUAGUUAGAAAUACACUGGACACGAGUAGUAUUAAGAUAGCGCUAUGUUAAGGAAGUAAUUCUUGCAACAAUUAUAAUAAUACAUUUUCACGCUUUAUAUUAUCGAAUAAAUAUAGAACUCC